AUGUAUAAUACUUUAUUCAAUAUAACACAAACUCAAUGUAUAUGUGAAAUGAUAAAAGUAAAUGAUUCAAUAUCUGCUCUAAAUUAUUUUACAACAAAUCAAACUUGCCAAUUAUUUCGUUCAAAUAUUACUUUAAUUUUUCUUGAAUAUUAUUCAAAUUCUACUUUUAUAUUUCUUAAUCAAUCAUCAAUAUCAAUAUUAAAUAUUCGAGAAUAUCAACCGAGUACGUCAACAUCAUCAUCAUCAUCAACAUCGGCAGUGGCAGCAUCAAUAACAGCAGCAGUAGUAGCAUCACCAACAUCAGCAGCAGUAGUCGCAUCACCAACAGCAGCAGUAGCCGCAUCAACGACAGCAGCAGCAGUAGUCGCAUCAACAACGACAGCAGCAAUCGCAUCAACGACAGCAGUAGCCGCAUCAACGACAGCAGCAGCAGUAGUCGCAUCAACAACGACAGCAGCAAUCGCAUCAACGACAGCUGCAGCAGUAACAGCAUCACCAACAGCAGCAGUAGCGGCAGCAUCACCAACAGCAGCAGUAGCGGCAGCAUCACCAACAGCAGCAGUAGCGGCAGCAUCAUCAUCGGCAACAAUAUUACUAGCAACAACAAGUGCUUGCAACCUUUUUUCAAAUCAAAUUACUUACCCAGUUGGCUCUACUCCACGGUCAGUAGUAGUCGUCGAUGUGAAUAACGACAAUAAAUCUGAUAUUGUUGUUGAAAACUAUAGUUCAAACAAUGUCGGCGUUCUCCUCAACGCAGGCAGUGGUAUCUUUAAUGCUCAAACUACUUACUCAGUUGGGUCUUCUCCAUAUUCAGUAGCAGCCAACGAUGUGAAUAACGAUAAUAAACCCGAUAUUAUUGUUGCAAACUCUGGUUCAAAUACCGUCAGUGUUCUUAUCAACGUAGGCAAUGGCAUCUUUCUGAAUCAAACUACUUACUCAGUUGGUACUGGUCCAAUCUCAGUAGCAGUCGUCGAUGUGAAUAACGACAAUAAGCCCGAUAUUAUUGUUGCAAACGUAAAUGGCAAUAACAUCGGUGUUCUUUUUAACGUAGGCAAUGGCACCUUUCUACAUCAAACUACUUACUCAGUUGGCUCUACUCCAUACUCAGUAGAAGUCGUCGAUGUGAAUAACGAUAAUAAACCCGAUAUUAUAGUUGCAAACCAUGAUUCAAAUACUCUCAGCAUUCUUCUUAACGUAGGAAAUGGUACCUUUCUGAAUCAAACUACAUAUCCAGUUGGGACUACGCCAAUCUCAUCAGCAGUCGCUGAUGUCAAUGGUGACAAUAACCCGGAUAUUGUUGUUGCAAAUUUCGGUUCAACUACUGUCGGUGUUCUUCUCAAUGCAGGCAGUGGCACCUUUCUACAUCAAACUACUUACUCAGUUGGCUCUAGUCCACGGUCGGUGGCAACCGUCGAUGUAAAUAACGACAAUAAACCAGAUAUUAUUGUUGCAAACUCUGGUUCGAAUACUCUCAGCAUUCUUCUUAACGUAGGAAACGGUACCUUUAUGAAUCAAGCUACUUAUCCAGUUGGCUCUUAUCCAUGCUCUCUAGCAGUCAUCGAUGUCAAUAAUGAUAAUGAACCAGAUAUUAUUGUUGCCAACCGGGAUUCGAACUCCAUCAGUGUUCUCUUACACUGUUAA